AUGGCGACAUACUUUCAUAAUAAUUCAGAAAUUCAAGGUGGUUCUACCGACGGACUUCAAACACUGAUAUUUAUGAAUCCGUCGGGAUACAUCAAUUACUCCGACACGCCGCCGCAACAGCAGCAACAGAAUCUUGUUUUUCUCAAUUCAGCCGCCGCACUCGCCGGAAACACUUCACUACAACAACAGAGUUUAUCUCAUCCGCCACCACAGUUCGUCGGGGUGCCACUCUCGGUGGAACACUCUGUACACGGCCAUCAUGAUGUCUCCGCCCUGCAUGGCUUCCCACCGCGCAUGCAGUACAACAUGUGGAACGCGGCUGAUCCAAGUUCGGUGGCGCGUGAGGGAACACGCGCUACUCAAGGACUGUCUUUAAGCCUACACGCGCAAGGGUCGGGCGAGGACGGUGGACAGUGUUCCUCUGUCUCCGCCGGGGUUUCCGGGAUUCAGAGUGUGUUCUUGAGUUCUAAGUAUUUGAAGGCUACUCAGGAGUUGCUUGACGAGGUUGUUAAUGUUAAUGGUGGGAUUAAGGUUGAAAGUGUUAAGAAGAGUUUUGAGAAAAAUAAGGUUGUUGGAGAAUCUUCAACGGCGGUUAGUGGUGACGGUGGUUCUGUUGGUGGUGGUGGUAAUGGAAAUGGAAAACGUAGCUCUGAGUUAUCAACUACUGAGAGACAAGAAAUUCAGAUGAAGAAAGCAAAGUUAAUUAACAUGCUUGAUGAAGUGGAACAAAGAUACAGACAAUACCACAACCAAAUGCAGAUGGUGAUAUCCUCAUUUGAGCAAGUUGCAGGGAUUGGUUCUGCAAGAACAUACACUGCACUUGCACUUCAAACGAUUUCGAAGCAAUUUCGGUGCUUAAAAGAUGCUAUCACAGGCCAAAUUAGAGCUGCAAAUAAGAGUUUAGGCGAAGAUGAUAGUUUUGGUGGCAAAAUUGAAGGGUCAAGGCUCAAAUAUGUUGAUCAUCAUUUGAGACAACAAAGAGCUAUUCAACAAUUGGGUAUGAUUCAUCAUAAUGCUUGGAGACCUCAAAGAGGAUUGCCUGAAAGAUCGGUUUCGGUUCUUCGUGCUUGGCUUUUUGAGCACUUCCUUCACCCUUAUCCAAAGGAUUCUGAUAAACAUAUGCUUGCAAAACAAACAGGACUAACUAGGAGCCAGGUUUCGAAUUGGUUCAUAAAUGCACGAGUUCGACUUUGGAAACCAAUGGUGGAAGAAAUGUACACGGAAGAGAUGAAGGAUCAAGAGACAAAUGGUUCCGAGGAAAACAAAUCAAGCAAGAACACCGAUGAAGAUCCUUCGAUGAAAACACCAACUCCACAAGAAAGAGUUCCAACUUCAGAAACAGAAUCCAAAAGUUUCAAUUCUAAACAAGACAUUUCUAUAGUUCCGGUUUCAACGCAAUCAACUUCACCAAUUGGUGUCAAUGUUAGAAACAAUUCAGGAUUCAGCUUCACAGAGCUUGAUGGAAUAACACAAGCGAGUCCGAAAAGAACAAGGAACCAUGAGAUUAUUCAUUCUCCGAAUCAUAAUGAGACGGAAAAUAAUGAACAAAUUUCGAUGAAAUUUGGUGACGAUAGACAAAGUAGAGAUGGUUAUUGUUUCAUGGGAAACCAAACUAAUUUCAUCGCCGGAUUUGGUCAAUACCCUAUGGAGGAAAUCGGAAGAUUUGACGCGGAAGAAUUCGCGCCGAGGUUUUCAGGAAGAAGGUUGGAAAUGAAUGAAACAAAUGAGUUUGGUGCUAUAAACAAUUCAAAUUCUCAUUCUUCGGCCGCAUUUGAGAGUAUCAACAUGCAGAAUCCAAAGAGGUUCGCUGCACAAUUGUUACCCGAUUUUGUGGCCUAA